GACGCAGGGACACCCGACCAACAACAAAAAAAGACGAUUGGGAUCUUUCUUUUUGGUGUUCUUCUGUGGUGCAGCAAUGGCGACUCCAAUGAAAGGCAACUGGGUUAAGCUUGACCAGAAGGGGACAGGACCAGGAGCCAGAAGCUCCCACGCCAUAGCCCUUGUCGGGGAUAAAGUCUACGCCUUUGGCGGCGAGUUCGCCCCUCGUGUCCCAGUCGACAACCAUCUCUACGUCUUCGACCUCCGAACCACGACGUGGUCAGUGGCUCCGGCCACUGGCGACGUCCCGCCUCCCCGCAUAGGCGUGGCAAUGGCCACCGUUGGGGGGGGUCCCCCGCACCGUAGCUACCACUCAAUUGCGGCGGACGAAGAGAACGUCUACGUGUUUGGUGGGUGUGGAGUUGAUGGCCGACUGAACGACCUCUGGGCGUUCAACGUUGUCGCUCAGAAGUGGAUCCAGUUCCCGGCCCCCGGGGAAGCGUGUAAAGGAAGGGGCGGUCCCGGGCUCGGGAUCGUGCAAGGAAAGAUAUGGGUAGUGUAUGGAUUCACAGGAGUUGAGGCGGACGACGUUCAUUGCUUUGAUCCGGCCCAUGGGAAAUGGAAAGAAGUGGAGACGGAAGGCGAGAAACCGUCGCCAAGGAGCGUGUUCUCGACUGCGGUUUUCGGGAAACAGAUAGUUAUAUGUGGCGGGGAGGUAGACCCGAGCGACUUAGGCCACCUAGGGGCCGGGCGGUUCACGGGCGAUGUUUUCGGGUUGGACACCGAGACGCUGAAAUGGACGAAAUGGGAGGAUGGGGUCGGGUCGGGGGACCAUCCGGGGCCGAGAGGAUGGUGCGCGUUUGCGGCCGGUAAGGAAGGGCUGCUGGUUUACUGA